GACGGAAGACAGCGAAGUAGAAAGAGAGGCAGCGAUGCUCCAAGAGGAUUAAACUAUAGCCGCCAAACUUCGGAAGAAAGCCUUUGGGAUCCAGACUCAGUCUCGUUCUCACUCUCUCGAGUUGAAUGAGUGGCGAUGUGCAGCAAAGCGUUUCUCGCCCUGCUGCUUUAUGGGCUGAUUAUGCACUGCAGCGUCUACUGCUCACCUGCUGCUGCUGCUGCUGGACUUCAGUACCCCGCGCUGAGUAGGCUGGAAGAUGAAAUGUACGACGAAGAGGGCAACACUCUUUCGGACUAUGCCUUUGACAGCGAACCCCUCAGUAUAGCCGACCCUUCCUCCAUGCUGGACGACAUGUACACUUUGUAUUACCCGCCGGAAAAAAGGCAUACAGACGGGAUACUUAACAAAGCGUAUAGAAAAGUGCUGGGCCAGUUAUCUGCAAGGAAGUAUCUGCAUUCUCUGAUGGCCAAGCGGGUGGGUGGGACCAGCAGCCUGGAGGACGACUCAGAACCCCUUUCCAAAAGGCACUCGGAUGGCAUAUUCACAGACAGUUACAGCCGCUACCGAAAACAAAUGGCUGUCAAGAAAUACUUGGCAGCAGUCCUGGGUAAAAGGUAUAAACAAAGAGUUAAAAACAAAGGACGGCGAGUAGCUUAUUUGUAGCGAUGAGCUCCCAACCACUCCUGUGUACACAAGAGUCCCCCUGGGGAAAAAAAAAAUCUGAGAGAGGACCACCCCACCCCCAAAGUCAUUUCCAAACUGACUGAUCAAUCACCACUCUCCUAUGUUAUCUAAACAUGUAUUUAUGUAUGAAGUAAAGCCAUUAAAUGACUAUUUUGAUAAUAAUAUUGUUUUUCUUUUGUACAAAAAAUAAAUUAAGAGUAAGCACUAGAGAAACGCACAGAUCUACUUUGUGGACCAACCCUUUAAAUAAAUAGAUAUAAAAUAAUAAAUAUUGGAUAAGGAUGCAUUAGUGGUAGAGCUUUCCCCAAUCAGAUUCCCUUCAAACGUACUUGAUUACAACUCCUAUCAUCCCCAGACAGCUACCUUACUGUUUGAAAGGUAGAGGUUUACUGGGAUAGUAAACAGACCAGACUAAUAGUCCUUUAGUGGUUAGCUUUGCACGCACACACAAAAAAAACACGAGGGCUCUAAGCUUAUGUUUUUAUAUAAAAUAGAAGAGAUAGAGAGCAAGAGGGAGACAAUCAUUGCUUUGAAUAUGAUUCCUAUUUUUGUAAUGGAAAAUAAAGGAGAGUAUUUUUUAAUUAUGACAGGGUUGAAAGAAUAACUGUUCUCCACUUGCUAUUGUACAUUCAUAAAAAGUAUUCUGGUCCUAGGAGUUUAGGAUGCUCUUGAGAAGAGAGCAUCUCUAGCCCCUGGGAGUCUUUCCCGAAAAGCCCUUGGCCAUUACUCCCCUUCCCAUCUCGGGUAAGAGAAGGAGUUGCCUUACUUCCUAAGAAUCAGUCCCCCACCCCCAAUCCAUGAAGAGCGAGCUUACUCGGGGCUGCACAAUAUGCAGUAUGAACCAGCCUGCUGCCCUCUAGUCAUUUUUUUUUGUGACCUCCUCCUCCCACUCAGCAGAUCUUCCUGCUACUUAGAAACUACGGGAGAACUAGCCCAUUUCGGUCCGCUUAAAGAUUUAGGGCUCAGUACUGUAUAGUACUGCAGCUGCUGCCGUUCAGUGAGUAACAGAAAAUGUACCUAUAUGCAGUUUUCAGGGAAAGAUACCGUGGGGGAAGCCCUUCCUCCAAACCAUAAGAGUAGGUUGGUUUCUAAGUGCGUUUGCACACACGCACCUCUUCAUCCUUUUUUUUCCUAGAAAUAACUACAGAAGUUUAGAAAGUUUCCCUUAAAGAACGGGACGAAUGUCUCUUCCUCAGCCCUUCUGAGUUUGGAUUGACGCAAUCCAGGCUCCAGGUCAAAUAAAUUGCUUUUCUCGCCUCCGCGCAAUGAGCGCGAUAGAGCGGACAGCAGCACUUCAACUACGGCUGGGAGGGGCAGAAAGAAAUGCUCUGCCGCUAGAAAACGAGUUCAUCGGGGAGAUGGAAUCCACACGCGACCCUUCGCCUUGCUGGACUCGUUUUCUAGUAAGGCACGAAAUAAUCCGAGGAGACACCCCAAAAUUCGCACCGUGUUAUUU